CCCCCCCCCCCCCCCCCCCCCCCCCCCCCGGCCACGCUGAACCAGAUGCACCGGCAGGGCCGCCCCGCCACCCCUCCCCGCAAACUGGGGCCCACCCUGGGCCGCCCCCAGAUCAAGGGCGUGGUGCUGAGGAACCUGAUCCGAAAGCCCAAGAAGCCCAACUCGGCGAACCGCCGCUGCGUGCGGGUGCGGCUCAGCACCGGCCGCGAGGUCAUCGCCUUCGUGCCCGGCGAGGGCCACAACCUGCAGGAGCACCACGUCGUGCUGGUGCAGGGCGGGCGCACCCAGGACCUGCCCGGCAUCAAGCUCACCGUGGUGCGGGGGAAGUACGACUGCGCCCACGUGCAGGCCAAGAAAUGAGGGG